UUGAUGAAUGCAGUUUCGCUUACAUGGUGAAAGUGGUCAUUUGUUAGGUGACUGUGGUCAUGUGAAUUGAGAAAGAAGCGUUAAUGCCUACAUAAUCUGUAGAGAUUUUAUAAUUAAGAAUGGCUCAUUCUGAAUCAAUCCAGGAGCACUCAGGCUCUAAGAUAGUGAAAGAAAAUACUGAAACAGAUAAUUUGGUUGAGAAGAACGAUUGUGACGAUCUUGAAGUUUUGAUUAUGAAUCAUAGUGCUGAAACAUCUGGAUCGUUAUCUUCAGAUUGUAGUUGCAGGUUAUCAGAUAUUGACAUCUCUGAGGAAAAAAUGAGGAGAAAGCUGAGGUUCUUCUUCAUGAACCCGAUUGAAAAAUGGCAGGCAAAACGUAGAUUUCCAUACAAAUUUAUAGUUCAAGUUAUAAAAAUUAUUCUAGUCACUGUGCAGUUAUGCUUAUUUGCCCAUAGCCGGUAUAAUCAUGUCAAUUACACGUGGGACAACCGUAUUGCAUUCUCACACCUGUUUUUGAAAGGAUGGGAUACAACAAGGGAAGUUAACUCUUAUCCUCCUAGUGUUGGACCUCUCGCCAUCUACAAAAUCAACGAAUUCUUUUACACAGUGGAUUAUGCUGUUGUUGGGUACUCAAAUCUUGUGAAUGCCAUUGGUCCAUAUUCAUACACAGAGGAAGAUAAUUCUAUGCCAGCCCCAGUUCUUUGCCUGUACCAGUACAAGGAAGGAGACAUCUUUGGCUUCAAUGAGAGUUAUGUGUUCAAUAGCGAAAUUGAAGAACGAUGCCUCAAUCUAACAGUGGAACCCAACGUAACUGCGGAGCACUACUCUAGCAGAGAGUUCCUGCAGGAGCACGGAAUUGUGAUAAACUUCUCUGCUCUAGUUAGAGCAACAAUUACAUUUUCUUUGAAGACUGUCAACUUAAAGGCUGCUGGACCAAUUACUCCACCAGAUUGUUACGAGUUUGGUAUCAAGAUAUCAUUUGAUAAUGAGGACCACGAUGGACAGAUGUUACUGUCGCUGGAUGCAGAUGCUGUCCGUCUCUACUGCAAAGGUGACGUGGAGUACGUUGUGGAUAAUCAGUUGGAUUCCAUACUCCGCAGCAUCCUCAACUCGUUGGUGAUUGUGAUCUGUAGCAUUUCUCUCAUUUUAUGUUGUCGUGCAAUUUACAGAGCGCAACAACUGAAGUUGGUGACUAUGGCUUUCUUCCAGAAAGUAUAUAAGAAAGAACUAAGUGCUGAAGGACAGUGCGAGUUUCUGAACUUGUGGUACAUCAUGAUCAUUGUUAAUGAUAUACUGAUUAUACUGGGCUCUGCAAUCAAAGAACAGAUUGAGAGAAAACAGUUUGCUGGAGAUCAGUGGAACAUUUGCAGUGUUUUACUGGGAACUGGAAAUCUCCUAGUAUGGUUCGGUGUGCUGAGGUACCUCGGAUUUUUCAAAACAUACAACGUUGUUAUUUUGACGUUGAAAAAGGCAGCUCCUAAGGUUGCUAGGUUCCUCCUCUGUGCAUUGUUGAUCUACGCAGGAUUUACGUUUUGCGGGUGGCUUAUUCUUGGUCCCUACCACAUGAAGUUCCGGUCACUGGCCAGCACUUCUGAAUGCUUGUUUGCUCUCAUCAAUGGGGAUGACAUGUACGCGACGUUCUCCAUCAUGUCGUUCAAAUCCCCGAUGCUGUGGUGGUACAGUCGCAUAUAUCUGUACUGUUUCAUCUGUCUUUACAUCUAUGUGGUGAUCAGCUUGUUCAUUUCUGUCAUCAUGGAUGCCUAUGACACAAUCAAGCUGUACUACAAAUCUGGCUUUCCCAAGAGUGAUCUUCGGGUGUUUGUAGCAGCCUGCACAGAUGAAGCUUCCAGUGGAAUAUAUCGCAGGGAAUCGUCCAGUUCUCUUGGAGAUUUUAUGGAGAAGAUCUGCUGUUGUAAAAACCCUGUUACAUUUCUGAUGAGAUCUCGCUCCCAGUAGCCAGAGAAACUUUGGAUCAAAAUCAGGCUUUCCAACAAAAAGUCUUCAUGCAUUUCUUAACUCCCCCAUGUGAGCUGCUACGUGGCAUAGAAGACAAUUGUGCCUUUAGUUUGUUACUUACAGUACUAAAAUUAAAAUAUUUUGCAAGAAAAUUAAUGGAAUGUAAACACAAGUCUUGGUGGUUGUCUUCCGAGUUGUUACACCGUGUCAUCUGCUAUAGCAGACACCAUAGUUUUUUGCCGUUGGAGAAGCUGGCGGAUGGACCUACUCUGUGUACUUGGAGUGGCAAGGUCAGUGUAUUUGUUUUGUUUGGGCCUUCAGCCCGAUAAGCUCCUCGUCCUUCCUGGAAGCAGAGGAAAUAUUAUACUAUCAUACAAGUGACUCGCUUCUAGCCUUCCUCCUGAAUUUUCCACCGCCCAAAAACUCCUACGACCACUAUAUAAGUUCAUUGACAUUUCAGUAUGCAUCUGUGCCUGCAAUAAUCUUGGACAUCAUUACAAUUAAACUGAUUUACAAACUUGGGAUGCAAAAGUGAGGAUUGAUGAUGGUAAAACAAAGGUAAGAGAAGAAUACAUGAAACAGGGAUGAAAUGCUCAAGAAUAAUGUCGCAAGAUAUUUUUUAAAUAGAGGAAGAAGGAAAAUGGUGAGCAGAAACAGUGAACUUGAAGGUGAUAGUGGCCAAGAACGAGAAACAGCAGUGAGAAAGUGACUGAUGGAAGGGAACACGAGGCGUGAUCGGCGAGAAACGAUAAUGUGAUAGGUAGCAGUGAUAAAUAAAGUGAACGCGGUUACUUCAGAGAAUUUUAAGUAAUGUAACAGUAAGCGAGUAGAGAAGUGGGUUGUAAUAUAAAUGGAUAGAAACAGUUUUUUUUUAAGUCCAUCUGAAGGUGAGAAACUCGACCAGAAUCAGAUUGGGUGUCAAUGACGAUGAGAAAGUGCAGAAAGACUUACAUGGACAAGAAUUUGUAAAAAUGUUAAAAAAUUAACUUAUACACACACACAGAGACAUGCAACAUGCAUAUGUAUGUUAUGCAGACUUUAAUUUUUGAUAGCUAUGAUAAUACAAAGAAUGAGGAUAAUAUGUGUGGAAUCUGGGUUUAUUUUACAUGGACGGGCCAGAUAAUUGUAACAUUUAAGUGGUGAAAUUGUUAGGAAAAGCAUGAAUUGGGGCACAUGCCAUGAGAUGCAUGGAUAACGAUAGAAUGCAAAUGGGAAAAGAAAGUACAUAACUUUACAUUGUAUGUUAAAUGCUGUAACAGUGUAACCAUCAUCUCAAAAUUUUUUAGUGGCUGCUAUGUUGGUAUUAAAGUUGAAUUUGCCAUUUAGAUGACCAGUCACAUAAGUUCACGCUGUAAUGAUUUUUAAGUACUGUGCGGUUAAGAUGUUUGGGCACUAGGUGGAGGUCAAUUAUCAGCUUCAUGCCCUGACUGCUUUAUCCCAGGGACUAGUUCUGUAGGCGACUGAAUGACCUCAGAGUCGGUUUGGUUGUGGUCACUGAACAGUCACGCUAUAGGCUUAUUACUGUAAUGCCUGUUUUACCCCUUGGGUCGUGUUUUAUGUGGGAGUAAAAUCAGUGUCUGUGUCAGCUGGUUUCUGAUAUCACAUUCGUAUAAUAGAAUGGAUGUAAUUUAGAUGUGGUAACCUGAAGAAAGUUGAUGCGUUGUACGACUUAAGCUGCAGUGUGAUCACUGAGCUCAUUGCAAAUGGUAACGGUCAAUAUCAACAUCUUCAUCACGGCGAAAACCUCAUACCUAACUUCAUACUCACAUAUUGCUUCAUAUUCAUCUUUGCAUAGUCUUACGUAGUCUAUAUUAACAUUCAGUUUGGAUUAAAAAUAUGUUACCGUGUCCUUUACCGAUAACACUGCCUCACAAAAGCAGGUUGUAGGUUUUACAUGGAAGUUUCAUAAUGUGUUGAUGUGAGUUCUGUAAGAGGAAGAAAUGAUGGGGAUGCUUUGAGGACGUGAUUUUGUCUUGUAAGAAAGAUUCCUGAUUCUGACCACUGAUGUUUAUCCUGAAAUAUAUUCCAGUUUGAAAUCCACAGUCUGUAAAACAUAAUGUCGCCACAGUGGCCGCGCGGUCUGAGGUGUGGGCCUCGUGCCACUUGGACACUGUGACCGUGGGUUCAAAUCCCGCUCAAGCCAUGGAUGUUUGUCCGCGUCUCUCUGUGUCGUGCUGUCCUGUGUACAGGUAGAGGCCUUGCGACAGGCCGAUCACUCGUCCAAGGAGUCCUACCAAUUGUCUAAUAGAUCAAAGCCAACGAAUGUUGGGACCCGCAGAUGCCUAAGUAAGUAAGUAAUGUUGUGAGAUAAUUUCACCUAUCCUUUUGCAGCUAAUUAACAGUCCAGAAAUAUAAUGAGCUCACUUCUGUUCUUUCUUUCAGGACACCAUAUACACUUUUCUCUGGCAGGUCAACCCAUUCUAAACCUCUGUCUUCAAAAAUUGUUGGUGCUAUGUGUGUAUAGGUUGCAUUUUUGCCAUGUCUACUUGUGUGAGACAGGAAAUAUGCUUCUUGGCAUAUAUUAAAAUUUAUCCAAGUAAUUAUAAUUCCAGAAACAUAAACUGUAUUUACUGAAAUGUGAUAUCCAUAGUUUCCUGGUACCCCCAGGUAUUUGUGCCAAAGUGGAGGAAGACUUUUGUGUGUAUGUAUAUAUAUAUAUGUAAUUGUUAAUAGUAGCGCAGGGUUUUCUGAAAGAGCUUUAAGCGUUCAGUUGUGUUGGUAUAAUAUUAAUGUGGCAAAAUAUCCUUAUGGAUUUGCAGAAUGUGUCAUUCUUGCUGAAUUUAAUAAUUUGCUAAUCAGUUUGAACAGUAUUUGGACAAAUGCAGUAUAAAUAUGAUUUGUUUUUUGUGGGCAUAUAUCCCAAAAACUUCGUACUCUUUCUUAUGAUUGCAAUGUUGAAAUAGAGAAGUAUUGUGUCGUUACUACCAUACUGUCUGUAGAUGUGUUAUGUGUACCUGACAUUUAAAGAUUUCUUUUGUACAGAUAUAUAUUAUAUACAUAUAUAAAUAGAAUCAGUUUUACCUGUGGCAUUGUUCUUUUGAUAUUUCGGCCUUUCUCGCUUGUUUUGCCAGUUUUGUUAAUUAAAAGACAGUACACGUGGCACACAGUUUACUAAAUAAUGAGAAAGACGUAUCAGCAGUUGUUCUCAUAAUGUGUAUGUUCUGCUGUUAAAAUAAAUGUGUGAUAUUAAUCAUCUGUGUACAGUAACAUGUUAUGAUUUUAAAAGUCUAAGCAAUUAAAAGUAUUUAAAGCACUGGAA